AUGGAGGCAGCGGGCACGCGCAACCGCUCCUCCGCGCGCCACGGCGCGGCGGCAGCGUUCAGCGGAAGCGUGCGCCGAUGGCGCAAGCAGUGGACCGCCGUAGGGCCCACCCGCCGCCUGCUCGUCCUCAGAUGGACUCCGCAACCCCCCCGCCCAUCAGGGGGGAGAGGGGGAGGGAGAGUUGGAGGAGGAGGAGGAGGAGAGGAGGAGCAGGAGGAGGAGGAGGGAGGACAGGAAGGGGAGGAGGAGGUGGGGGGCGAGGAGGAGGAGGAGGAGGAGGAGGAGGAGGAGGAGGAGGAGGGAGGGGAGGGGGAGGAGGAAGGGGAAGAGGAAGAAGAGGAGGAGGAGGAGGAAGAGGAGGAGGAGGUGGUGGGAGUGGAGGGGUCAACUCCGAUGAUUGAUGAUACAGAGGCUGAAGAGGAAGCAGAGGAGAGAACGAGGGGGGGAGAGGAGGGGAAUGAGGGUGAGGGAGUGGAAGGGGGGUUAGAAGGAGAGGGCAGAGGGAAUGGAGAAGGGAACGAGGAAGAGGAGGAUGGAGAUGAGGAAGAGGAGGAAGAGGAGGUAGAUGAGGAAGAGGAGGGGAAUGCACAAAAGGGUGGGGAGGGAGAUGAGGGAGGAGAGGAGGAGGGAGCGGAUGAGGGAGAUGAGGAGGGGGAAGAGGAAGAGGGGAUGGAGGAGGAAGAGGAGGAGAUAGAGGAGAAAAUAGGUGAUGAUGGGAUGGGGGAGGCUCAAGAGGUGGAGAAUGAUGAGUAUGAGGGAGAGGAGGGCGGGGACCAAGAGGAGGAGGAAGGGGACGGGGAGCAUGAGGAGGAGGUGGGAGAGGGAGAGGAGGAAGAGGGAGAGGGGGGAGAGGGAGCAAGUAGCAAUGAAAAUGGUGAUAUGAAUGGUGAUGGCGAUGGUGAUGGUGAUGGUGAUGGUGAUGGUGAUGGUGAUGGUGAUGGUGAUGGUGAUGCUGAUGCUGAUGCUGAUGCUGAUGGUGAUGGUGAUGCUGAUGGUGAUGGUGAUGGUGAUGGUGAUGGUGAUGAUGGUGAUGAUGAUGGUGAUGCUGAUGCUGAUGGUGAUGGUGAUGGUGAUGGUGAUGGUGAUGGUGAUGAAGAGCACAGGUAA